AUGACUUCUGAACUGUUGGAAUCUGCCGAAGAGGCGGCAAAGAAACAGACUUCUGACGUUCAAACUGUCACAUUGGCGGGCGUUGACAAGACCAGCAAUCAUGGCGAUAUGCCGUCUCGGCCGUUGAGUCAUAUGGGAUCACCAGAUGAGCCCUCACACCAGCCACAGGCUAAGCCUUUGAAUAAAGCCCGCGAGACCUACCUGCGUAUAAAGGUGGAGCCAAGUGCCUGGGUUGCUGAACUGAAGGUGAAGUUAAAUGAGUUGAACGAGUCGCUGAGUGAAUGCAUUAGGGUGAAGGAUUUUGAGCGUGCCACGUCCCUUCGUGAUGAGUGCGCAAGGCUGGAAGGGGAACGCUCCGCUUUGCUUCAUGAACUCACCGGGAUAAAUUGGCCUGUCUGGUAG